AUGCUGUUCGGGUCAGAUGUCAGCCAGGAGGACGCGUUUGCGCAGCUAGACGCCGCGCAUGAGGCGGGCGUCACGUGCUUCGACUCCGCUGAGAUGUAUGCGGUGCCCCCCAGCGCGGCCACCUGCGGCGCCUCGGAGCGCAUCCUGGGCGCCUGGCUGGCGCAGCGCCCACAGGCACGGCAGGGCGCCUGCGUAGCCACCAAAGUCAGCGGCCCGGGGGCCAUGCCCUGGCUGCGGGGCGGGCCCAGCGCCCUAGACCCCGAGAACAUCACCCUGGCCAUCGAGGGCAGCCUGCAGCGCCUGGGGGUGGACUGCAUCAACCUCCUCCAGCUGCACUGGCCAGACAGGAAUGUGCCCAUGUUCGGCAAGGUGAGGUUUGACCCGACCGGGGACUACCCCUCUUGCGCCAUCGAGGACCAGCUGGCGGCCCUGGGCGAGGCAGUGGCGGCGGGCAAGGUGCGCCAUGUCGGGCUGUCCAACGAGACACCCUGGGGCCUCAUGCGCUUCCUGGGCGCCGCAGGGACCUCGCUGCCUCGCGUCGUCUCGCUGCAGUCGGCCUACAGCCUGACCUGCCGCUCCUUCGACCACGGGCUGGCGGAGUGCUGCCACCGGGAGGGCGUCGGCUUCAUGGCUUACAGCCCCCUGGCGGCCGGCCUGCUGACCGGCAAGUACGAGGAUGACAAGGGCGGACCGCCCAGCGCCAGGUUGAAUCUCCAUCGGGAACGGUAUUCAGAGGACGGCAAGCGGUAUGCACGCCGGGAACCAGUGGUGGCAGCCGUCAGGCAGUACGCUGAGCUGGCGCGGGAGUGGGGCCUGACACCGGCCGAAAUGGCCCUGGCCUGGGUCCUGAAUAACAGCCUGGUCACCACCGCCGUGAUCGGAGCCACCAGCCUGCCGCAGCUGCGGGAGCUCAUCGCCGCGGCAGAGGGGCGGCCCCUGGACCCCGAGUUGCUGGCCGCCUGCGACAGGGUGCACGCGCUGAGCCCCAACCCCACGCCCUGA